UCAAAUGUUGAUUUUUUAAUUGGUAACACUUUUAGAAGGUGGAGAUUGCCGGAUGCAUUACAUUGUAAUAAUUUUUUCAAAUGGGGAAAUUUGCUUUUGUUUAUUUCAAGCACUGGCUGAUUUAUCUUCUUAUUUAAUUUGUAGGUUAGGAACUUUUUUAAUAAUCAACGAUCACGAAUGAGGAGAUUUGUCAGAUUGUCAAAAGGGAAGGCAAACAGAUCCACUGCCUGCAAUGAGAUGAAUGAUGGGGUCCCCUCAACAUCGAAUCCCAUUGUGCUUGCAGAACCUGUUCCGAUACACAGUGUGGUUCCUACAAAUAUUCAGGAAGGACCUUCUUGCUCAACACAGGAUGAGGUCCUUUCUCAUGUGAACGACUCAGAUAGAUAUUUCGUAGAUAAUAUAUUUAGUUUAAUGAGGAAAGAAGAAUUGUUCUCAGGGCAGGUUAAAUUGAUGGAGUGGAUCCUGCAAAUACAAAAUUCUUCAGUGCUAUAUUGGUUCUUAACUAAUGGCGGGGUGAUGAUUUUAGCAACAUGGCUAAGUCAAGCAGCUUCAGAAGAACAAACAAGUGUUCUAAAUGUUAUUCUCAAGGUACUUUGUCACUUGCCACUGCAGAGGGCUCUCCCUGUACACAUGUCAGCAAUAUUACAAGGCGUUAAUAAACUGCGGUUUUAUAGGAAAUCAGACAUCUCAAACAGAGCAAGAAUGCUAUUAGCUAGAUGGAGCAAGGCGUUCGCAAAGAGCCAGGCUGUGAAGAAACGCAAUGGGAUGAAUUCUGCUGCUGAUGCACAAGAUGAGAUGCUAUUGAAGCAGAGCAUUGAUGAAGUUAUGGGCAAUGAAGCACGAGAUUCAAAAGUUGACUACUUUGGCAAUGCUCUAAUACCCUUUGAAUAUCAAGACAACUUAAGGAAGUUCAGACCUUCUCAGCCACUGAAAUUGAUCGCUGCAUCAACAUAUGACAACAAAAGGCGAGGUGUUUUGUCGUCACGUAUCCUUCUUUUUUCCCUUGAAUUAAUCAGAGAGCUAAUAUAGGUUUCUAUAUUGAAUUUUCAAAAUUUUUAAAUUUUUUCACACAGUAAUUUCUUUAUUGAAGCUUACGCACCAGAAGAUUUUGUUUAUUUAUAUAUUAUAAAUUGGCAUUAAUCCUUUGAGAGUUUGCUAUUAUUUGUUGCUUUUAAGUUGAUUCUUCUAAGUUACCGCUGCUCCUUCGGCGAUUAAAAGCUUUUAGUCAGUUUUUAAGUAAACCAAUGAUGUGCAGUUAUGCAAAAGCUGAACCUAGGUGCGCCACUAAAAUAGGCUUUAUUAGGAGCUGCAUAACUCUACCGAUGCUUUGACUGAGAUAAAGUUAAUGCUACAAAAUUUUAUGGUCAGAAAUGGCUUAUCAUUUCGGAUGUACAGCUACAUGGUUCAAACUUGUAGAAUGGAAAUGCUCAGCAAUAUGGAAUGACGAUGGUCCUGAUGACUAUAAUGGCAAAAAAUUUUGAAGUAGUGUGUUUGAUGAAAGUUAGUCUGUUGAAUUACUGCUAUGCAAUGUCAAUUGAGAAAUUGGUUUCUUGUUUUUGUUCUGGCUUUUCUGAAACUAUUUUUGCUUCAUGGGGGGUUGAUAAAUGUUGAAAAAUUUAUUGCUAAAAUGCUUUUACAAAAACUAUUCAGUUUGUAGAAAUGAAUGAGGUAAAUGUCUAUGCCUUUGUUUCGUAAUUGCAUUAAGUGCACAUGAUGUUGCUUCAAUGAGCUAAAUUCUGAGCCAGCCUGGAAAUGAAUACCAAUAACUACUGAUUAUGUGACAUUAUAAUUAGCCCACUCAUGUAACCUCAUCCCUUAAUAUUCUAUGUGACACAAUACCAUAUGAAAUGUUUGGCAAAUUAUCAUUCAAUCAAUAAGCUGAUGAAUUAAAUUCC